AUGAGUGGCAGCGAAGAAACAGAGGGGGUGUCAGGGAGAGAGCAGCUUGAGGGAGUGCCGCCAGUUGCAGGCGGGAAGAUGUCACUCGACCGAAAAAUUGAGCCCCCAAAGAGUCAGUCGGAAGUUGGGGCAGUUUUGGGGUGGAGGCUGCGGGCGGGGAGAUUUGGAAAAAACACCGGGGCACUUCUAUGGGUCAAUCCGGCAGAAUCCCUAGCGGAGCAACACAAUGGCAGGACAUCCCAGGCCAACUGGGGAGGAUUGUGA